AUGGCCGAGAGUUCGAGCCUGUGGACCACCAAGCAGAGGAUUCGUCAUCUAGACCUACCGAUCAAGAACUUUGUCGAGAACGCGAUUCCUUACCAAGUGGAGACGCUGAAAACGUUGAAAUCCAAUCUCGCCAAGCAAAGACGUUUGGAGGACCGCAGCAGUAUGCGUCAAUUGCAAAUGAAAGCCUCGCAAUCCAUCAGACGCGCGAGAGCAUUACUCAGGGAGAUGGAAACCUUAAGAAAUCAAGUUGCUGAUGUCGAUCUGCAGACCUUUGACAACACGAUGAAUCCAAGCAAACAAUUGAUAUUGGAAGCUAUUGAUAUGUUUAGAAAUGAAGAUUUAAAUGAAUACAAAUCUAGAGCUGUGCUGGAAGAAACUUAUAAAGACAACACUGAACAAUUAGAAGAAGAAAAUCGAAAACGCAUGUUUUUAAUAUCUAUUGAAGAAGAAAAACAAAAACAGGAAAAAAUGUUAGCGAUUGAAUCAGAUGUUAAAAAUGUUGAGAAAGAUAUACAAGGCAUUCAAGAUCUAUUUCGUGAUCUCAGUAAACUAGUAAAUGAACAAAAAGAAGAUGUUGAAAAAAUUGAUGCUCAUGUUGAGACAACACAUGAAAACGUAAUUCAAGCAGAACAGUCACUACGCAAAGCAGCCAAAUUGAAGAAAAUGUCUUAUCCGCUUAUUGGAGCUGUGGUUGGGUCUUGUGUCGGAGGUCCAUUAGGAUGUUUGGCUGGUGCUAAAGUUGGAGUAUUUGCCACUGUUACUUGCUUUGUACUAGGAUUUACCGGUGGUAAAGUACUCAAGGACAAAUCUAAUGCCGUGGAAGAAACAGAAAACACAACCAACGAUUUAGUUAAUCAAACAGUAAAAUCACAUACCGAAUGA